CUGAUAAGAAGACAGUCUAGGAGGAAAGGGCAGAUCCACAGACUGUUAUUAAAACCACCAGUAGAGAGGUAGAAAAUACUCUUUAUUGUGGACUGGAGAACUAUAGGGCUUUGCUAAAUGGAACAUGGAAGGAUGGAAAGAGACUUCAAGACAGUGAGCCAAAGACCAUGUUCAACAAGGAUCCCCUGCUACUGGCCCUCCAAGCCUGACGACUCCACAGGCCUCAGGAUCCCCCUGCUACUGGCCCUCCAAGUCUGACGACUCCACAGGCCUCAGGAUCCCCCUGCUACUGGCCCUCCAAGUCUGACGACUCCACAGGCCUCAGGAUCCCCCUGCUACUGGCCCUCCAAGCCUGACGACUCCACAGGCCUCAGGAUCCCCCUGCUACUGGCCCUCCAAGUCUGACGACUCCACAGGCCUCAGGAUCCCCCUGCUACUGGCCCUCCAAGUCUGACGACUCCACAGGCCUCAGGAUCCCCCUGCUACUGGCCCUCCAAGCCUGACGACUCCACAGGCCUCAGGAUCCCCCUGCUACUGGCCCUCCAAGCCUGACGACUCCACAGGACUCAGGAUCCCCCUGCUACUGGCCCUCCAAGCCUGACGACUCCACAGGACUCAGGAGCAGAUAGAGCUUGACCCCAUUGGAGUGCCACUAUGGGGAAUGUGAUGAGGGGUGGGGAAAAUAGGAACAAAACAAAUACAAACUGCCAUGACAAUGCACUAAAGGGAGAAGACGACACACUUGUUGUUCUCCAUGACUAUCCUUUUCCAGACAUCAGUGAGCCGAUCUUCAAGAUGGGAGAGAAGCUGAGGGUCUUGUCUCAGGAAGGUAACUGGUGGAGAGUCCGGUCUGGCCAAUCAGGAAGGGAGAACUACAUCCCUAAUAACUAUGUUGCCAAAGUCUACCAUGGAUGGUUGUUUGAGGGAGUGGCGAGGCAGAAGGCUGAAGAACUACUUCGCCUCCCUGGAAACAGAGUGGGAUCCUUCAUGAUCAGAGAAAGCACACAGCAGAGAGGUGUCUACUCCAUGUCUGUAAAGCACAGAUCCAUCAAGCACUAUAAAAUCUAUCGCUUGGAGAACAACGGCUGGUACUAUAUCUCUCCUCGUCUGACAUUCCAGUGCCUGGAAGAGAUGGUCAACCACUACUGUGACUCUGCAGAUGGGCUGUGCUGUGUUCUCACUGGCCCGUGUCUGUGUGGGACCGCCAACCUCCUCGACACCACCACUCAGCCACCCCCUGUAGUGAUGCGCCACAAUAACUUUGACUGGAAGAAAGUAGACAGGAAAGACCUGAUCAGUGCAGGGGCUCCCCAGGGGCAGCAGAACAGGGACACCAUGGUGAGCUAUGGAGUCAGGAACAGCAUCGCCUCUUACCUCUCUCUUGCCGGGGCUCCGGGCCCUAGACAGCAGCAGAAGAACCACAAGAAGAAGAAUAAAUCCGUCUACGUCACCUCCCACAGUCUCAGCCAUAUGGACCUGGAGGAGGACUAUGAUACGUAGUGGCCUGCAUAGGCCAGUGGUUCUCAAACCUCUCUUUGGGGACCCCCAGACGUCCAUGUAUUUUAUCUAUUCCAGAGCUAGCACACUUGAUUCAACUUGUCAACAUGUACUUGACUAGGUGAAUCACGUCAGCUAGUAAGGGCUAUAACAAAAUUGUGAAACGUCUGGGGGUCCCUGGGGAGAGGUUUGGGAAGAACUGGCCUAGGCUACCAGAUUCGGCAUGGGUUCGAAUCCAAACAACUGCCUUUCUGACUUGCUAUCUUUCUUGUCGCCUCUUCACUCUCCUAUCUCAGUAACAGAAAUGAAGCCCACAGAAAAUACAUUUAAAAAAAGACUAUGAGACUUAGAGGAGCAACAGCUCAAGGACCCAGACUGCGACACAGAAAUUAGCACUUUGAACCAUGGAACUGGAUAAACUAAAAAAAAUGAUUCUGAUCUCGACACCCAGAACCAAAUCUUGCUUGCACGCUGGCCAGAGUCCCUAUUUAAAUGUUAACCUCUGUUACGAGAUACUAUGUUUUCCUCCAAUACACACACUGGUCCUUAUCUGAGCCUUUGGGAUUGAACUGAUAAGGAAUUGGAAGCUCAGUGGGAAAAAUCAACAGUGAAGUUGAGGUCCGUCCAGAGUCCAGAGCACUGACGAGUGUCCUGCAAAAGUACAACACAUGUUAGCAUCAUGACAGUCGUACAUCAUGACAGUCGAUAAAAUAUUUGAAUGCUGUGUUGUGGGUGUUUGUGUGAAUGUGUAAUAUUCUGGGGAAAGAAAAAUGGAAGGAAAGGAGAAUACUUAGACAGCUGCACAACUGAAUGCAUUCAACUGAAAAUGUGUCUUCCACAUUUAACUCUGAAUCAGAAAGGUGCGGGGGGCUGCCUUAAAUCGACGCCAUCGGCGCCCGGGGAGCAAUUGUUGUUAUUGUAGAUGUGUGUGUCUGUCGACGUGUGUAAAUGUCAAUGGUUACCAGCUUCAGAAGCUUUAGCCUAACCCCUUGCAAAGUGAUUUCUGUCGAGUUCAUCUUGUUCAUAUAAAUAAAAGUAAGGUAUUGUAUAAUCUCGGCAAACCAGAACCAAAUCUUGUGUGUGAUCUGGCCAGCUCUUCUGUCACGACUCACGAGAGACUAGUGAGUACAUACUGUUUCAAAUUAUUUCUGGAAGGGCUAUGGAGAGUUACGUCCAAAGAAGCUAGAACUGCACGCAGAUGAUAAAACAUCACAAAGAUGACUGCCCAGAACAAGUUGUCCUCUUGAAAGUAACCCAGGGCUUCAAGCCUGCACCAAAUUGAAUAGGAAUCAACAUAGCAUUCCCGAAUCCAAGCAAACAUUCGAGAAAACAGCACAGUUUAAAGGUUCUGAUUUACCUCAGUCUGAGUCUGUGUAUUGUCUAGUGUGUUGUUGUUGUGGCUGAUUGUCUCGCCAAGGCCUUAUGGCGGCCAUAUGUGAAGCUGAUUAGUUCAUUGUUACUGUGAAAGCUGCUGUCUUAUCUUAGGAUGUGAACUAAUCAACUCUGUCUGAUGCAAUGAUAAUGCAACAGAUCAAUUCCAAUUGUCUCAAUUGUGUUGUGGGGAAGUAAAGCAACAAUGUCCCAUAACUAAGAUGUACAACCACAAUGGACUUAUCAUACCUCUGUCUUCACAACUUCCUCAUUAUCACUUAAAGGGAUACUUCUGGAUUUUGGCAAUGAGUCCUUUUAUCUAUGUCCCCAGAGUCAGAUGAACUGGUUGAUAACAUUUUUAUAUCUCUGUGUGCAGUUUGAAGGAAGUGGCAGACUAGCACUUGCGCAAUUGCUACCUAGCAUUAGCAUAAUGCCUGGAAGUCUAUGGUAUCUGCUAGCAUCUUAGCAGAUACACAUAGACUUCCAGUCAUUGCACAUAACGCUAGUUAGCAUUGACUCGCAAAACUACCUAUAAAGUCCUUCAUACUGGACAUAGUGGCAUAAAAAUGGUUUCCACCAGUUCAUCUGACUCUGGGGAAGUAGAUAAAAUGCCUCAUUACCAAAAUCCUGAAGUAUCCCUUUAAGGCCUCAAACUGACCAAUAUCCAAGCAUGGGAACAUGGCUUAACCCUUGUAUAAAGUACUUCCUGAAUAGCUCUGAGAAUGCAAGUCUGAAGCAGGGAACCAUGUUCAGUAGUCGUGUAGUAUUCUAAGGAGAAACCCUAUCCAUGCUGAUAAGAUGUCUAGAAGUGACUAAAGUUUAUACAGUGAACUUUGCCAGCAUAACCCAACAUUGGAUAUUUUAAACAUUAUGAGGAAGUUUACGAGGAACCUUAUGACUGUCCAUUCUUCCACUUUCCUCAAGGCAAUCACCAGUGAAAUCCAGAAAAGAACAAGAUGAGUAUUACUUAUGAACUUGGCAGGCUACAAAUGUUGUAUCUGGAACCCAUUGAAGCUACAAAGUCAGCAACAUGGCCAUACAGUUCAUUAGAUUUCAUGAGAUUUCUCAGUCACCUGUAGGAACUCCUCACAGUGAGAGCUGACUCCUUGUUACAAACUCAGCACUUUCUCAUUAUUGAAUUCACGACGGGAUCAAAUAUUUGUUUUGUCUGCUUUUAAUGCCCCCAUUAAAUAUCUGCAAGGCCAACUAAAACA